CUUGCGCAAGAGUUAUACUUAACUGAGUAUAUAAGGCAACGUGCUGAGGAGGUGAAUAUGUGACCAGCUUGCAAAAUGGCAACUGGAAAGGACGCGUCGCGGCUGUCCUUGAUUCUCACCAUCGGGGCCGCAGCGCUCGUUGCUACUGGACAAAAAGCAGAGCAGCCAGAAGUGGUGACCAAAUACGGGACAGUCCGAGGGUACCAAUUCAAAGUAGACGCAGCUGAGAGGAGCAUAAAUGUCUUUUUGGGAGUUCCUUUUGCAAAGCCUCCAGUUGGGCCACUGAGGUUUGCUGAGCCCGAGCCACCUGAGCCAUGGAAAGGUGUCAGAGAUGCCACCUCCUACCCGCCAAUGUGUCUACAGGAUAAAGUGCAAGGACAGGUUUUUUCAGACCUUAUUACUAACAGAAAAGAAAAAGUUCUUCUCGAUGUGUCUGAAGAUUGCUUAUACCUCAAUGUGUACACACCCGUUUCUACAGAAAAACAGGAGAAGCAGCCUGUCUUUGUAUGGAUCCACGGAGGUGGAUUAGUUUUUGGAGCAGCUUCAUCAUACGAUGGCUCAGCGUUAGCGGCCUUUGACAAUGUUGUGGUUGUAACAAUUCAGUACAGAUUAGGUAUUGCUGGGUAUUUCAGCACUGGCGAUAAACAUGCCCGAGGGAACUGGGGGUAUUUGGAUCAAGUAGCAGCUCUUCAGUGGAUUCAGGAAAAUAUCAUACAUUUUGGAGGAGAUCCAGGAUCCGUCACUAUUGCUGGAGAAUCUGCAGGAGGAAUCAGCGUUUCUGCUCUUGUCUUAUCUCCCCUGGCAAAGGGCUUGUUCCAUAAGGCCAUCUCAGAGAGUGGUACUGCAAUCAGGGUCUUGUUCACUGACCAGCCUGAGGAGGAUGCACAAAGAAUCGCUACUGCCUUUGGCUGUGAAAAACACAGUUCAGCUGCAAUGGUUGAAUGCUUAAGAGGAAAAACAGAAGAAGAGAUAAUACAGACAACACUAAAAAUGGAUUUGACCACACUGCAGCUAUGCUCUACCUCACCUGAAAACUGUGAACAGCCUUCCCUGUUCAUCAGUGCAUCUGCAGAUGGUAAAUUUUUUCCGAAGAGUCCCAGGCAAUUACUAUCUGAAAAAGAGAUCAAUGCAGUCCCAUAUAUAAUAGGAGUAAAUAACUGUGAAUUUGGAUGGGUACUUCCUAUGACAAUGAAAUUCCCUGCGUACGCAGAUGGUCUGGAUAAAGACGUUGCACGUCAAAUUUUACAGAGCUCCUUACCAUUAUCACUGAAGGGUAUUACUUCUGAAGUUGUUGACCGAAUAUACAAUGAAUACAUAGGGAAUGCAGAAAGCCGUGCUCAGGUGCGGGAUGGCCUUCUUGAUGCAAUAGGAGACCCUUUGUUUGUUCUCUCAGCCAUUGAAGUGGCUCGAUACCACAGAGAUGCUGGCAACCCAGUCUACCUUUAUGAAUUUCAGCAUCGGCCAAGUUCAGCAGCGGGGGUUGUACCGGAGUUUGUAAAGGCAGAUCAUGGAGAUGAGAUUGCCUUUGUCUUUGGAAAGCCAUUCCUAGCAGGGCAUGCUACAGAAGAGGAAAAUAAACUUAGCAGAACCGUUAUGAGAUACUGGACUAACUUUGCUAGAAAUGGAAAUCCCAACGGAGAAGGGUUGGUCCAUUGGCCUCGGUAUGACCUGGAGGAAAAAUACCUGGAAAUAGACCUAAUGCAAAAGGCAGCAAAGAAAUUGAAAGAACAGAAAAUGGAGUUUUGGACACAGCUCACAAAACAAAUAAUGAAUGAAAGGAGAGAACACACAGAUUUAUAAGAGUUGGGGAGGAUACAGUUUGCUUUUAAAACCCAAGGUAAAAAGUCAAGCAAAAUGAGUUUGUCAGGAUGCAGAGUUUAAUGAUCACCUUCUAAUUCACUAUUAUGUAACCUCUUGUCAUGAUCACAGUGAAAAGAGAGAAUCAAGGGAAAUUUGGAAUGUUUACAGGACUAAAAAUGGGUCUUUAAUGAAGCAAGCAGAAAAAGCCCACAGUCUUUCAGGUUCAAAAAGACCACGCCAUCUACUCAGUGGAUAUCAAAACUGAGUAAUGCUCCUGUGAGAAGGGGGAAUGAGGGAGAAAUUGGCAAAAAUACUGAAAUCUGUAAGAAAUAAUCUGUACAGAAUAUCAAUGUCAGAAUAUGGUAUAUGCAUAUUCCCCUCUUCUUUCAGAAGAGAAUGGUCAGUUGUCAUCCUUACAGCCUCUUUCCACUUCCUUUAAUUGGAAAUAGCUUCUGGGGAGCAGAGCAUCCAUCAAAACCCAUCUGUGAGGUGGGCUUGACCUUUCUCCAAUGAGGACAGAGAAAUCUCCAUUUGUUUUCUCGUUUUGUAAACUGUUAAAAAUAAAUGUUGCUUUUCAUUUUUUUUUUU